CAAAACUUCCAAGACCAAAGACAAUUUUUACUUCCACAGAAAAGAACAAUAUCAAAUAGCCAACUCCAUCCCCAACAAUGGUCCUUGCUGUUGGCAUUUGCUUAAUCAGUCUUUAAUUCCUGUUUGACAAACUUUAUAAGGUGUUACAAGACAGAUGACUUUUCACCAUCUACCAUAAUGUGGAACAGACAUUUUGUCUUCUGUCUCCUGCUUUUGCCAGCUUUUAUGAGUCAAACAAUACAUGGACAAAGAAAGAAAGGAUCAAAGUCCAAUUUACUUGCAAGGAAAAAUGAUCUCCAGGACUCUACUUGCUUCAUAGAUGUUGUCUUCAUCGUGGAUAGCUCUGAAAGUUCUAAAAUUAUCCUCUUUGAUAAACAGAAAGAUUUUGUGGAUAGCUUGAGUGAUGAGGUUUUCCAGUUGACCCCGGUUCGCUCCUUGAAAUACGACAUCAAACUGGCAGCGCUUCAGUUUAGCAGCUCUGUCCAAAUCGAUCCACCUUUUUCUUCUUGGAAGGAUCUGCAGACGUUUAAACAGAGGGUCAAGUCUAUGAAUUUCAUCGGGCAAGGCACCUUCUCUUAUUAUGCCGUCUCCAAUGCCACUGGGCUACUUAAGAGAGAAGGCCGUAAAGAUGGUGUGAAAGUGGCUUUGCUGAUGACUGACGGCAUUGACCAUCCAAAGAAUCCAGAUGUUCAGAGUAUUUUGGAAGAUGCCAGAACUGCAGGGAUAUUAUUUAUCACCAUUGGACUUUCCACUGUAGUCAAUGAAGCCAAACUUCGUCUGAUAUCUGGGGAUUCAUCCAGUGAACCCAUUCUACUGUUAAGUGAUCCAACCCUUGUAGAUAAAAUUCGAGAUCGCCUGGAUAUCUUAUUUGAAGAGAAGUGCGAACACAAGAUUUGUGAAUGUGAGAAGGGGGAUCCAGGCAACCCAGGGCUUCCUGGUACACAUGGAAACCCAGGUAUCAAAGGUGAGCAAGGACCAAAAGGAAACCCGGGUGAUGCUCAAAAAGGGGAACCUGGAGAAAGAGGCCCAGGGGGAAUUCCUGGGUACAAGGGUGAGAAGGGGGAAAGUGGAGAAUGUGGCAAACCAGGAAUAAAAGGUGACAAAGGAUCCUUAGGACCACAUGGACCAAAGGGACCCAGAGGACUUCAGGGCAUUAGUGGACCUCCAGGGGAUCCAGGCCCGAAGGGAUAUCAAGGCAAUAAGGGGGAUUUGGGACCUGUGGGACCCCAGGGACUAAUGGGCAUCCCCGGAAUUGGGAGUCAAGGAGAACAGGGAAUCCAAGGUCCUAUGGGUCCACCUGGUCCACAAGGGCCUCCAGGACAAGGCUUGCCUGGUGCUAAGGGAGAAGUAGGCCAGACAGGAGCUACGGGUCCUAGAGGACCAGUGGGAGUUGGCGUACAAGGCCCAAAGGGGGAGCCAGGCUCAAUAGGGCUCCCAGGACAACCAGGAUUUCCAGGAGAGGAUGGAGCUGCAGGGAAGAAGGGAGAAGCAGGGCUUCCAGGAACAAGAGGCCCAGAAGGACCGCCUGGAAAAGGACAACCUGGCCCCAAGGGUGAUGAAGGAAGGAAAGGGAGCAAAGGAAAUCAAGGACAGAGGGGAUUUCCAGGGCCCGAAGGGCCAAAGGGUGAACCAGGAAUUAUGGGCCCUUUUGGGAUGCCUGGAGCAUCAAUUCCUGGACCACCUGGGCCAAAGGGAGAUAGAGGAGGACCGGGGCUGCCUGGAUUUAAAGGAGAACCUGGAAUUGCUAUUCGAGGACCAAAGGGGGAGCAAGGACCCCAAGGCUUUCCAGGGCCAAAGGGCUUGACAGGCCGUGGCCUCCCUGGCCAAAAGGGAGAGCAUGGAGAACAGGGUGCUAUGGGAAAGAAAGGCGGUAAAGGGGAAAUUGGAGAGCCUGGAUCCCCAGGAAGACAGGGGUUACAAGGACCAAAGGGAGACGUAGGACUUACAAGAGAAGAAAUUAUCAAAAUUAUUUUUGAAAUAUGUGGGUGUGGGCCCAAAUGCAAAGAGACUCCUCUAGAACUGCUGUUUGUGAUUGACAGCUCCGAAAGUGUAGGGCCAGAGAACUUUGAGAUCAUCAAAAGUCUCGUGAAGACUCUGUCCGACCAGGUUGCUCUGGACCUCACUACGGCCCGCAUAGGCAUAAUCAACUACAGCCAUAAGGUGGAGAAAGUUGCUCAUCUGACUCAGUUCUCCAACAAGGACGACUUCAAGUUGGCUGUGGACAACAUGCAGUACCUGGGGGAAGGCACUUACACAGCCUCAGCGCUCCAUGAGGCCAACCACAUGUUUGAAGCCGCACGGCCGGGUGUAAAGAAGGUGGCCUUGGUCAUCACUGAUGGGCAGACUGAUACCCGAGAUGAGAAGAAUCUGACGGAAGUGGUGAAGAAAGCCAGUGACAUCAAUGUGGAAGUAUUUGUGAUUGGGGUAGUGAAGAAAAAUGACCCCAACUUCGAAAUGUUCCACAAAGAAAUGAAUCUCAUUGCUACUGACCCAGAUAGCGAGCACGUUUAUCAAUUUGAUGACUUCGUUACCCUGCAAGACACCCUGAAGCAAAAAUUGUUUAAAAAAACAUGUGAGGAUUUUGAUUCCUACCUCAUUCAAAUUUUGGGUUCACCGCCACUUCAACCUGGAUUUGGGAUAUCAGGGGAAGAACUUGGUGAAUCCACGCCAGAGCCUCAGAAAGAAAUUUCGGAGUCUGUCAGUGUCACUGGAGCCCAGGACAAAGAGAAUGAGCCUCCAGAGCCUACCUGGGUUGACCGCCUGACCACCAGUCCUUCACCUGAGGCUGCUGCCACGGAGGGGCCAUUGCUUGGCCACCCUGAGGGUGGGGCAGAGGGUCUGGAAACCAGAAUUCCAAGUCCUGUUUUGGACUUACAGCCAGAAAAGCUGGUGCACAAAGAUCCUAGAUGCUUGGAAGACCUAAAGCCAGGAAACUGUGGCGACUACGUGGUUCGAUGGUAUUAUGACAAACAGGCCAACUCCUGUGCCCGCUUUUGGUUCAGCGGCUGUAAUGGCUCAGGAAAUAGAUUCAACAGUGAACACGAAUGUCAAGAAACCUGCGUUCAAGGAUGAGCCUAUGACCCUCAUUCAAGUUUAGCAGCAUAAAACAGGGCACUCAAGGAAGAGGGAACUGGAGGAACAACCAUCUGAACAAAAACAAUUUUGUAUGGUUUAAUUGAAAUUUUAUUAGGUAAUAUUUGGUACCACAAAAGAAUAUAUGCAAUAUACCUGUAAGUUACCAGACAUGAUGAUAAGAUAGACACAAGUGAACAUAUCAUACUGACAGUUCAUCAAACACAAUCAAUUCUGUUGAAGUUUCCUGUGCGGACUUCUCCAAUCCCAGCCCCCUGUUUCCUGCCAGGGAUAACCUAUCUUGAAUUUUGUGUUUACCAUUUCACUUUGCUAUUGGGUUUUUAUAUGUAAUCUUACAUGUAAAAUCACAUAUAUAUCUAUGUAGCUUUACACAAUACAUAGCCUUGCUUAUUUUAGAGCUUUAUAAAAAUGGAGUCGUAUUCUCGUCUUCUGCAACUUGCUAUUAUCAAUGUUAUAAUUAAUCCAUAUGUUCUACCAUAUCUAAAUGUAUUCCUAAAUAACUUAUUAUUUAGUUUUUGAACUUUAGAAAAUUUGUUUCAUAAUAUGUAAUUCUUUGCAACUUGGUGUGUCAUUACAUUAUAAUUCAUACAUGUCCAUUUACUUUCAAAGUUGUAUAUUUGUGUGAAUAUAUCACAACAUAUUUAA